AAACCGUGAGAAAGUGGAAACGUGGAUGGAAGUUUCCAACACAUAAAUUCUAUUUUUUAAUUUGUUUAUUUUUUCAUAAUAUAAAAUUAAAAUAAUAUUAUUUUCUUUUAUUUGGUAAAUCUUCAAUUUUGGAAAUCAAGCCGCGUGGAGUUGCUUGAGCCGGCGGACGAGGGAGUCCGGUGAACAAUGGCGACGCUGACGCCACCUACCUUAACCUUCCGAAUUUGUUCUCACACUGCCUUAAAUGGCCGAAUUGCCUUUCACUUUCCUCGUUCUUUGACCUCCUCGUUCAAUCAUCGUCUUCGUCUUCCACUUUCCAUGGCUGCGUCAACGGACUCCACUUCUCAGGCUCCGUCUGGCUAUGCUAAUAGCGACGACAUUGAUGUAUCGAAGUUGAUUCAAGCUCAUCAGGAAAAGGCGGCUCGGCUUUCGCCAGCUGAAGAGAUUCGAACAUUGCUGGAUCAGAGUGUGCGCGGGACGCUCUCCACCUUUUCCCGGAGCUUUGAAGGUUAUCCGUCUGGAUCUUUUGUCGACUUUGCAUGCGAUGCUGAUGGUACACCUAUACUUGCUGUGAGCAGUCUAGCAGAGCACGCUAAGAACUUGGAAACUAAUCCGAAAUGCUCAUUGCUUGUGGCAAAAGAACCCGAGGAUAGGGGAACUUUAGUGGUCACUCUUCAUGGUGAUGCUGUGGCUGUUUCUGAAGAGGAUAGACCUGCUGUUCGUGCUGCAUAUUUGUCCAAGCAUCCAAAUGCAUUUUGGGUUGACUUUGGCGACUUCAACUUUGUGUAUAUCAAACCAAGAGUGAUACGAUACGUGUCCGGGAUUGCAACAGCUUCUUUGGGUUCAGGAGAACUAAGCGGUGAAGAGUACAUGGCAGCACAAGUUGAUCCAAUAGCUCAAUUUGCAAAGCCUGUUACGUCUCACAUGAAUAGAGAUCAUGCUGAAGAUACAAAGAACAUUGUGAGACACUGGACAUCCAUUCCGGUUGAUUCUGCCAUCAUGCUGGAUUUGGAUAGCCUUGGUUUUAAUGUUAAGGCUGAUUAUCGAGGGACUUCAUUUAAGCUUCGUGUGCCUUUUCCAAGAAGAGCAGAAAAUAGAAAGGAUGUCAAGACUCUUGUGGUGGAAAUGCUAGAAGCUGCUAAGCCUCAAGUUUAACCAUUUUCGCAGGAAGAUGACCAAUUAAUUACUUGUUCUCUGUCUAAUUCUUAUAUUAAAUUUCUCACAACUCUAAUUUCCUGAGAUUGCUCUUGAGAUCUUUAAGUAUUAACAUUGCUUCUCAUAAAAUAGUUUUCAAGUUAUACAUGGUAUCUGAAAAACAAGCCAUACGUGUAAAUCUGAUUACAAUGUUAAAUGAUCACUUGUAAAUUUAUUUCA